AUGACAUAUGUAAAAUGUACUGAUAUCUGUGAUUACUGGUCUAUUAAAUCAGAAACAGAUGUACCAGCAAACGAUGAUCUCUUUUAUUUUGCACGGCAAUUUCAUGAUGCGUUUAAUGACAAUCUCAUUAAAGCUAUUGUACCCGGUGCUUACCUUUGUAUCGAUGAAUCAAU